GACGCACUAAUUCGUCGACCGUCGUAGUCGAGUCAUGUGUUUACGUUCGUGGAGCUCGAAGUGAAAACCGUUUUCUCGGUGAAAUGGUGUGAGGUGUAGCUGCCGGCGGGGACUUUAACGUCUCCGAGUUUUUGUUUGAACGUUUUUCUGUGUGAGGAAGCGGCACAGAUGGAUUUCUGCCAGAAACAGGUGAGGUCGGACUGUGAGGAGCUGCUGAGCCGCUUCCAGCGAACAGACUCCGUCCGCUUCGAGGUGUUCUCCAAAAUCUGGAGGGAAAUGAACUUCUCACACAUCUUCUACGGCACCGUGAACCGUGAGAAGCGAGCCUUCAGUCGUCUGGCUCUGGACAUCGCCUGCAGCUACUUCCUGCCUCCGUUCAGCUUCCAGAUCAGAGUGGGAGGACUUUACCUGCUGUACAGUCUGCAUCAGUGUCAGACCGCCUCGCCCUCAGAGCAGAUCCGUCUGGCGCUGAAGGACUGGGAUGACGUGAAGAAGUUUGAGAAAGACUCUGUGGACUCCAAGCACCUCGACGCCGUCUACAUCCUCAGGCAGCUGAUGUUCCUCAAAGCGUUUCACUUCACCGCCAUGCCCACUCUGCUUGCCUACAGGAAGAAGAGGAAGGUGGAGAGGUCGGUGUUGUGUGAGGAGUUCAUGGAGCGAGCGUCUCGUCCUCAGGAGCUGAUCAACAUCGAGCUGCUGGAGGAACUGUCCAACAUUCACGAGCUCUACGGGAAGCUGAAGACUUCUGUCCUCUCAGUGUCAGAAAUGGAGGACUCGUCCGUCAACCUGAUCCGUAAAGACCUCGUCCCUCAGCUGCGCAGCACUGUGGUGGAUUUCUACAAGUGGCAGCAAAGGAAGGACGGUGCAGAGGAAGAGGAAGACAGCGGUGAGGGAACAUCAUCUCAGCAGGAGUGCUCCAGAAGAGCUGAGCUCCUCGCCUCCAUCAAAUCAAAGGCGUACGAACAGGCGGCAGAGGCUUCCAAGUCACGCCGUCAUCGCCAGGUGGAGGUGGACUUCACCAGCAGCAAAGCUGGACCCUCCGACACACCAGGUUACUCCAGGACCAGUAAACCGUCACUCAAAGCCAGAACCAGUGAGAAUGUACAUAUCUCAGGUGACCUGUCGAAAGAAGCCACGUCGACCACUCUGAUCAGUCGUCUCACCCGUCUGGACUUUGUUCCUGAAGAAAAACCCAAAAAGUACAAAAAGUUCAAGUGGUGAUGAAGAAAAGAGAAAAGCUGAGUCGAUGGAAGACGUUUCUCUUCUCGUCCAGGAGGCUGCUUCGGUUCUGAGAGGUGAUGUGGUGAUGAAGAGCUCACAGGGAUCAGCCUUCAUCCCGACUCCAGCCGGUGAUCAGGGCUUUUUCACGGACGAUGCCCACAUAUGUUUUAUUAUUGUUCAUUUUCUGUGACCUUUAAAGUUUGUGCGACCACUUAAGGACAGACUGUCACAUAAAAUGUGAAUGUUUUUACAUUUUAAAAUGUUUAAUUUAUUACUUUUAAACGAGCAGAUCCUCAUAACAGCAGACACACAAACAGAUGUGUUAAAGAAGAAAUCAUCCUGAUCCUGCUGAUGUAACAAAAUGCAGAAACGCUGAAGAAACUUUGUCACGUGUUGAAAACUCACUGUGUCUCUUUGAGUCAGUUUUCUCACAGAAUUGUUUUCUUUUACACACUAAAGGAAACACAAGAUAAAUAUAAUCACGUUAUUCAUGUUUAGCAGGAUAAAUGUAUCUAAACAUUUUCUUCUGUGUGAAGUUAAAAGUGGAUUUCUGAGCUGCAGCUCUGAUUUUAACACUUCAGCCUUUUCUAUAAAAGCGUUUACAGUU